GGCCAACUGAUAUGCAACCGACAGCACAAUACAACGACGCAUAAGGAAAAAAAGCUGAUAUUUCUUCUUCGGUUCUUCCACCCAAGCGUACCAAAUCCAUAUCCGUUGACCGCACCGCAAGAUGGAUUGUUUGGGUUGGGUGGUGGUCCCGUGCUGCUACCAAUAAGAUGUGCCUGCUUGAUCUCAAAAACCAAAACAAGUAAUUACAGGCGCCGAAGAAAGGAAGCAAAGAUGGGAGGUCCGAGGGCUUUUGCCAGAAACAACAUGUUCUUCAUCAUAUGUCUGCUUACGUUGUUUCUCCAAACAAAGGUAUUAUGCGUAACGUACAAGGUUGGAGAUUUAGAUGGUUGGGGAAUCCCCGCCUCUUCAAACCCAGACGUCUACACCAAAUGGUCCAAACAUCUCAAUCUCAAGAUCGGAGAUUCCAUCUGGUUCUUGUAUCCACCAAGUCAAGAUUCAGUGAUCCAAGUGACGGCUGAGUCUUACAAGAGUUGUAACCUUAAAGAUCCCAUACUGCACAUGAACGACGGUAACUCCCUGUUCAACAUAACUUCAAAUGCAGUAUACUACUUCACCAGUGGAGAAGCAGGGCAUUGCCAGAAGAAGCAGAAGCUUCGUAUUGUUGUUGGUGACGGUAAGGACGUUUUGCCGUCUGAUGCUCCGACUGCUUCAUUGACGGGGAACGCGGCCGACGCGCCUUCCUAUCCCACUGUGUUUGGAAGCAUUCCUGUUACGGCUUCUUCUUCUGCUCCUUCCUCGUCUUCUUCUUCUGUUUCCUGUCUUUUCUUCUUCACCCUUCUGGGAUUGGUCCUCUCUCUAUUUCAUUAGUCACUGUUCAUUUCUUCUUUGAUUAUGCCACACUCAUUUCUUUUUUUCUUUUUAAUUUAUUUAAGGAAUUCUUUUGGCAAAUAUAUGAUUUUGUUUGAUGUAAUCCUUUCUGGGGCACUGAAAUGUGAAAGCGAUCGUGAUUGGAGGGGUUUCUUGUUCUUUGAUCCA